AUGGUGGACACGUCAUGGAUCGACGACCUCAAGGUGGCGGACCUGAAGGAGGAGCUCAAGAAGCGCGGCCUCGCGGUCGCGGGCGUCAAGGCGGUGCUCGCCGAGAGGCUGCGCGAGGCGGUGCAGCAGCAGCUGCUGCUGCUGCUGCAGCUGCUGCUGCUGCUGCUGCUGCAGCUGCUGCUGCUGCUGCUGCUGCUGCUGCUGCUGCUGCUGCUGCUGCUGCUGCUCUUGCAUAACGACGUGAUCUCUCACCUUGUCUCCACGUGUGUGCAGUCUGCUGGUGGUGACGACAGCGGCGGCGGCGCGGACGAGCCGGAGGAGCCAGCAGCUGAGCCGCGACGGGCGGGGCGUGGCAAGGCCGAGCCGGUCACAAGCGAUGGCGAUGAUCAGGAGCAGGCAGGCGAGCCGGAGGAAUCGACAGAGCAAAAGAGCUUGGGCAAGGGGCGCAGCUCUGGACGAGGCCGCCAGCCACGCAAGCAGCAAGGUGAUGAGCAGGUGGACGAGCAGGAGCAGGAGGAGCAGCAGGAGGAGGAGGAGGAGGAGCCGCCUGCAACAGCAAAGAAGGGCCGUGGCAGGGCUGCAGCCAAAGGUAAGCAGGCCGCAGCAAAAGGGGACGGCGAAAAGCAGGAGCAGCAGCAGCCAGAGGAGCCGACUACGGCCAAGAAGAGCAGCGGCCGAGGCGCAGGCAGCAAGCAGCAGGCGGCAGCUGGCGGCGAGGAGCAGCAAGAGCCAGAUGUGCCAGCCACGUCCCGGAAAGGCCGAGGCCGCGCUGUGGCCAACCAGCAGGCGGCAGCGCUAGAAGAUGAGCAGCCCGAUGCAAAGAAAGCCAAGGGCAAGGCGGCAAGCAACAAGCAUGAGGAGGACGAGGAGGAGGAGGCCGCCGAACAAGAGGCACAGCAGCAGCAGCAGGAGGUGGAGGCAACGCCGGCAGGCAAGAAGGGCCGCGGCAGGGGGGCAGCCGGCCAGGCGGCGGCGGAGGCGGCGGAGGCGAAAGGGGCUGCCGACGCCGAGGAAAAGACAGGCGGUGCAGCAGCGAGCAGCGAGCAGCAGCAGCAGGAUGAGGCAGCCAAGGAGCCAGCAGCCGCGGCGGCGCCUGCCACCACCCCCAAGCGCGGGCGCGCCGGCAAGAGGGCGGCGACGCCUGAGCCGGCUCCCAAAGGCAAGCUCGAGGCGCGCCGCGGCGGCCGCGAGCACUGGUCGCAAGCGCAGGCACGCCCCCAUCACUUUUGA